AUGCAUCCCAAUCUCUUUCCAACCAGUGCUCUGUCGUCGUUGGUGAUAACAGCCUGUUUGUGCUUGAUCAACUUCCCAUCGUCUUCGUACGCAGAUGAUGAGCAAUACCUAAACUGCAGCAAACCAUUUGAUUGUGCGGGCAUUGAGGGCCUCAGUUAUCCUUUCUGGGGAUCCAAUAGGCCAAGCUAUUGUGGCCACCCUGCUUUUGAGUUAAACUGCAGCGAUGGUGUCCCACUCAUCAAAAUCACCUUCAUGAAUUAUAGAGUCCUUCAAGUCGAAAACGUGUCGCGGACUCUCCAGGUUGCUAGAGAGGAUUACUGGAACACCCUUUGUCCUGCUACGAUCGUUAAUACAACCAUCAAUUCCACCAUCUUUGGUUAUGCUUCAACUACGGUGAACCUGACGCUCUACUAUGAUUGCCCUACUUCUUCUGCUACAAUUCCGCUGACCGAUACUACUCAGUUUGAUUGCUCCAUAAACGGAAGCGAUGCAAAAAACUACUAUACUAACAAUACCAUUGCAAACUUGAUUGGUAGCUCAUUUGGGUCAUGCGCCUACAACGUUAAAGUUCCAGUUCUGCAAUCUCAACCUCGGAGCGGCAAUUUAAGUGCACUGGAAGAAGCUAUUGAUGGCGGCUUCAUAUUGGGGUGGAACGCAAAUAACAGUUUGUGUGAUGGAUGUAAAGCGACCGGUGGACAGUGUGGGCACAACACAAGCACGAGCGAAUUCGCUUGCCAUUGUGCAAAUGGAACUUUCCCAUCCACUUGUGCGUUAACAGCAACAGCACAAUCUUCGGGGUUCACUAAGUGGCUGCGCAAAAGUGCAAUUGGUAUGAUGAUCAAUAUAAGAUAA